AUGGCGGACCGUCUAUCUUCAAACUCUUCCUCGCGCCGGUCGAGGGCAGGCGACAGUUCCAUCGGCCAGUUCGUCAUCGGGUCUGAGAUAGGCAAAGGUAGCUUCGCCCAGGUCUACCAGGGCAAGCACCAGUCCUCGGGGGCCCUGGUUGCCGUCAAGUCGGUCGAACUUGCCCGGCUGAACAAGAAACUGAAAGAGAACCUCUACAGCGAGAUCCAAAUCCUCAAGAAGCUUCGCCAUCCUCAUAUCGUCGCCCUCCAUGACUGCAUCGAGUCGACGACCCACAUCAACCUCAUCAUGGAAUACUGCGAGCUGGGAGACCUAUCAUUGUUUAUUAAGAAGAGAGACAAGCUGAUAACGCAUCCCGCCACAUGCGAUAUGGCUCGCAAAUACCCAACCGUCCCCAAUGCCGGUCUGAACGAGGUGGUUAUCCGUCACUUUCUCCAGCAACUCGCCAGUGCAUUGCAAUUCCUCCGCCAGAGUAAUUUCGUCCACAGAGAUGUGAAGCCCCAGAACCUUCUCCUUCUUCCCUCGGUUCAGUACAGAGAGAGCAACAAGGAGGCUCGGCCGAUCCUCAGCGCCAGCCAAGACUCGUUAAUACCAGCCGUGGGCUUACAGUCUCUGCCGAUGCUCAAGCUCGCGGAUUUCGGAUUCGCCCGCGUCCUGCCGGCUACCUCGUUGGCAGAGACGCUCUGUGGCUCUCCUCUCUACAUGGCGCCUGAGAUCCUACGUUACGAACGAUACGAUGCCAAGGCCGACCUGUGGUCUGUUGGAACCGUAUUGUAUGAGAUGGUGUCGGGCAAGCCCCCCUUCCGAGCGAGCAAUCACGUUGAGUUGUUGAGAAAGAUUGAGAACGCCGAUGACCAGAUCAGAUUCCCCAAGGAAUGCCAGGUCAGCUCCGAGACCAAAGGUCUUAUUCGUGCACUACUGAAGCGGAAUCCCGUCGAGAGACUGAGUUUUGAGAACUUCUUCAAUCAUCCGGUAGUCACCGGAGCAAUUCCCGGCGUCGUCGAAGACGAUGUUCCCAAAGUGAAACGAGCGCCAUCAAAGGAGAUCCGAAACUUCUCAAGAACGGACGAACCGCGUUCCAGUCCUCGCCGCCUGUCGUUCCGUCGCCAAUACAUGACCGAUGCCGAUCCCUCACGGGAAGAGGCUGGUUCGUCCUCACCUCGUGAAAAGCCGCGGAGAUCUUCACCGCUAGCGAGUCCAGCAGAAUUCCCCUUCGACAAGCAGCCAGCGCAGGGCAACGCACGCUUGGCCGACUCCCCUCGCGACGACAAUGCCCCCGGUCUCAGUCUUAGAAGACCACAACCCUUUCCGUCUACGUCAGCUCCUAGCCGGCCGGCGCUUCAAGAAGACUGGCGUCGGCGAGGGCUUUCUAAUGCCUCGCUGAAACAGUACUCACGAGACGAGCAGGCGCCGCCUUCUUCGGCUCUCAAAGAGUAUGCCGGCAGGGGAAAGCAAAAGAGCGCUGCUGCUGACGAGCGCGAUAAAGUGGCCCAGGAUAUUGCCUUCGAGAGAGACUAUGUUGUGGUGGAGAAGAGGCAGGUCGAGGUCAAUGCAUUCGCCGACCAGUUGGCUGCGCAGGGGGCAGAAGCGCAGGCUAUGUCGCCCAAAGCUGGCCAGAUUGUCCGCCGGGCUACGCAGCAGGGAAUUCCUACUUCUACUACUGGUGCCAUACCUGCGGAGCGCUCCAAGGCCCAGCAGAUUGCUCAGGGCAAUCAACACCCCGAACAUUACCGACGAGGCUCGUACGACAAGAACCUGUCAGGAAGCCCCAGCUCCACUACUUCGGUCAUCUCUAAGGCAAUCCAGGACGCAAGCUUGAGAUUAUUUGGUUUCAAGUAUCCGGCGCAUCUGCUUGGCAAAGGAGCAUCCCCUCCUCAUCUCUACAACCCCUACCCUACCUACCCGACUCCGGCCGCGCCCGCUGGCCUUAUUACCGAUGGCCGUCAAGGUGCCGCCAUCGACGAAGACACCCGGGUUGCGCAGUGUAUUGAAGACUAUGCUACGCGGAGCGACUGCGUGUGGGGCUUCGCCGAAGUCAAGUACAAGCAGCUCGUGCCCAUGGCCCCGUCCAUGGAUCAUGGUCUGGGCGGUGUGCCGGCUGACAAGCUGGCACCCGAGGAUGACGAUCUGACAGUGGAAGCCGUGGUCGUACUUUCGGAAGAGGCACUUGUCCUCUACGUCAAGGCGCUCUCAUUACUUGCCAAAUCGAUGGACAUUGCCAGCAUCUGGUGGGCACGCAAGGCUAGAGGAGGCGAUUCUAGCACCCAACAGCACAUCAUCGCCCGUGACUCGGCAGCAAUCCAAAGCCUUGUGACUCGAGUCAACUCUGCCGUCCAGUGGGUGCGCAAGCGCUUCAACGAGACCUUGGAGAAGGCCGAAAUCGUCAGAUUGAAGCUGAUUGAUGCCCAAAAGCAACUUCCCGAAGACCAUCCUAGUCAUCCGAGCAACCACCAGCAAGAGGCCGCUUCGACUAGCGCAUCUAGUGCUGAAGGUAUUGUACUUACAAGUGGCCUUAGUGCCGAGAAAUUGAUGUAUGAGCGAGCCCUGGAGAUGAGCCGCACCGCGGCUAUCAACGAGAUUGCGAACGAGGACUUGAAAGGCUGCGAGCUCUCUUAUGUCACUGCGAUCCGUAUGCUGGAAGCCGUUUUGGAUAACGACGAAGACUUGUCCAAGCGUAGGGUCCCCGGGACGCCCAAGGUUGAACGCGACUUGAUUCGGGAAGGUGCAUCCGAAAUCAACGCGGACGACCAGCAGGCGGUUCACAAGAUGAUUCAAAUGAUCUCAGGCAGACUAGCCAGUCUUCGGAAGAAGAUGCAAAUGAUUGCCAAUGCGUCAAAGGCGCAACAGCAAAGCAUCUCCAAGAAACGCAGUGGCGAUAUCGCUUCGCGAAGCAAUCCCACGUAG